GGAAACGCCGUCGCGAAGCUUUCCGCCACCGCCGUCCCGUCAGCUCCGACUUCGAACGCCCCGCUGUCGAGAGAGAGAGAGAGAGGGAUUUUCUGAGAUCGGCUCCGGCGACUCUGCGAUGGCGGUGUCCGAGCCCGAGCGCAGGGAUCUCCUCGCGCCGUUCGGGCCUUCUCCGUCCCCGGCGCUGUUCCAGAGGAGGAUCGAGUUCCACCCCGCCAGGAAGCAGUUCGCCGGAUACGGGAGCGGCGGCUGCGGCGGCGGCGGUGGGGACUUCAAGAUCGAGACGCUGAACCCGGGCGCUAGCCGGGAGCGGCUCCGGCUGGCCCCGGGGGGGAAGAAGGGGGACGGAUUGGAGCUCGCGGAGAGCUGGUUGGAUCCGGAGCUCGGUGUCGGAGCUUCUGUACAAAGAAUUGGUGCUGGCUUGGAAAAUCUGGGAAACACUUGUUUUCUUAAUUCCGUGUUGCAGUGUCUGACGUACACGGAGCCCUUGGCGGCUUACUUGCAAAGUGGCAAGCAUCAAAAUUCUUGUCGGAUAAAUGGUUUUUGUGCCUUAUGUGCUAUUCAAAAGCACGUCAGUCGUGCUUUGAAAUCAACUGGUGAAAGUUUGGCGCCGAAGGAUCUCGUCUCGAACUUGCGGUGCAUAUCUCGGAAUUUCCGAAAUGCUAGACAGGAGGAUGCACAUGAAUACAUGGUGAACUUAUUGGAAUCUAUGCAUAAAUGCUGCUUACCUUCUGGAGUGCCAACCGAAUCCCCCCGUGCUUAUGAUAAGAGUUUGGUGCACAAAAUUUUUGGUGGUCGUCUACGAAGUCAGGUGAAGUGCAUGCAGUGUUCCUACUGUUCCAACACUUUCGAUCCAUUCUUGGAUUUAAGUCUUGAAAUAGCCAAGGCAGAUUCUGUGGUGAAAGCUCUUAAACAUUUUACGGCAGCAGAGCAACUAGAUGGAGGGGAGAGGCAGUACCAGUGUCAACAGUGCAAGCAGAAAGUCAGGGCUAUUAAGCAGCUUACAGUUCACAAGGCUCCUUAUGUUCUAACAGUUCAUCUUAAGCGGUUUCAUGAUCCUACACAAAAGAUUAACAAGAGUGUCUUUUUUGAUACUGCACUGGAUUUGAAACCUUUUGUCAGUGGUUCCUAUGAAGGAGAUUUGAAGUACACUCUUUAUGGGGUUUUGGUCCAUCAUGGCUGGAGCACCCAUUCUGGCCAUUAUUAUUGCUAUGUCCGCACAUCAACUAAUAUGUGGUACUCCCUUGAUGACAAUGAGGUUCACCAAGUGAGCGAGUCAAAGGUUUUGCAGCAGAAGGCCUAUAUGUUGUUUUAUGUCCGAAAUAGAAGCAAUACAGCAGCAAGAAAACUGGCUGCUGUUGCUCACAAGGACAUGAAAAAGAAUGUCAAUGUACCUAGGGUGCCUUUCAUCUCCAACCAGUGCGCAAAAGGACCUGUAAAAUUAGAGCAGAUGAAGAGUGGCAUCAAUUCAACUACCUCUUCUACCACCCUCAUUGCGAAAGAUGCAGUAAAUAUUAGUUCAUCAACUAAGAUCAGUUUGAAGGAAUCAUCAGUCAAGGAAAACCUUGGUCCAACGCAGGCAGAGUAUCCAGUUAAGAAGGACUCUGUUUUGGAUUCUGUUGUGAAGAAUUCGUCAUCAAAGGUUUCUGUGAAGGGACUUGCUCUUCCAAAAGAUAAUUUGGCAUCUGUCAGCACUACGUGCAUUAGUUCUAAUGAUAAUCCGGAAUAUGCUUCUCUCUCUGCACCUGUUCAUGAAAUUUCUCGGUGCAAUAAUGGAAAUUCUAAGAAAGAAUUGACAAUUUCAGUUUCUGAAUCUCCUGCCAGCACUGCAUCGUUGAAAACUGCUCCUAAAAAGCUUCUCCAGGAUGAAUUUUCUCAAAAGAUAAAUGCUAUCUCAAGUCUCGGUGUUACGACUGCAAAUUCAUGCGAUGAUUCUGCUGACAAGUCUUUUGAGAAAGUUGGACCUGAAAGAUCACCAGAGAAAUCAACCUGUGAUAAAAGCCAGAACAUUCCUUGUGAACGCAUUGCUGUGGCAGCAAGUGAGAAGACUGAUAAAACUGGCCAAGGAUUUAAAUCUGACGUGGCUGUUAACUUUUCCGUUGCAUCAGCCACAUCAAAUGAAAUGGCAUGUUUGGAAACACUCCAUAGCAAGCGACAUAAAAAAUUUAAAAGGCAUCUAAAGUAUCAGUUCGCAAGCCUUCAUUUAGGCCCCAACAUACUUUUGCGUGCAUCACUGCGUCCACGUAAGAAGCACAAAAAGAACAAGCAUCGCAGAUUAGUUGCGAAGAAUCUCAAUGGAAAACAGCUAAAUAAGGAUCUUAUUGCUUCGGAUUUUGGACCAUCAACAUCAGAGACAACAGAGGCUGUUUCUGUUUCUUCAAAGAGGAGAGGGUCUAAAUUGCCUUCCAAGGAAAGAGUUGGUGACACUCAUUCAAGGAUGACCGCGAGUUCUAAUGGCGACUCCUUGAUGGGUGUGAUGGAUGGUGCAGUUAGAGACAGGACAAUUCAGAGUGAUGCUGUUCUCGCAACUGGUUCUUCGCUGAAAAAGAGCAUAACCUCUCAGUCAUCAGCAAACCUGGGUAAAAGUAGAGAAUAUGAGAGUCUAGAAGACUCUAAGAGGGACACAAUGCAAAAUGGUUUGAUGAGUAUGCUUACGCGAGGAUUGGAAGAGACAUUAGUUGCGCAUUGGGACGGGAUAGAGUUUUCUCCCUCUCCAACAGCAGAAUCAAAUAGUGCAGAGAACACCAGCAUUGGUUAUGUGCUGGAUGAAUGGGAUGAAGAAUAUGAUCGGGGAAAGAGGAAAAAGGUGAGGCAAGCUAAGAUUGAUUUUGGUGGCCCAAAUUAUUUCCAGAAAAUCGCAUCGGAGAAAAUAAAUCUGAAGAAGACAAAACUUGAUAAGGCUAGCUCUGGGAGUUUGCCAUUCAGGAUAUAAGGUGAAUCUGUGGCAGGCUUCAAGCAAAGUCUGUUGAUUUUGAUCGUCCAAUUGAUAAAGCUGCAUUACUUGAUUGUUACCCACCAUCCUAUGAGGAGUCUGCCCUACUUCUGGCGUUUAGGUACGAGGCUCUGUGAGAUUGGCUACUUUUAUGACCAUUUCUCUGAUUCCAUUGAGAUUUUGUCUGUUCCCUCAAGAGGCGUCAUGGUGGAUCAAGCACUGGGGCAUAUUUUUCUCAGUUCUGGCUUUUAUUGCCUGUGUUAUGUAUUUAGCUGUGUGUUUGUGUAUCAGCUAGUUAAUGUAAUAAAACCUUUGAAGGGAAGAUUCUUUGAACAGCUGACACUGUUGUAGCUCAGUAUUGUGGAGGGCAUUGUUAAAUUAUUAGAUUAUUUUGUUUGAUGAUAUCAACUUGUAAAUCUGAUUUUGACCGACA